CUCCGGGGAAAGGAUUGGUCGCCGGCCGUCUGCGCCGUUAGCGCUCCUGGAGCCCGCACCGUUUGCGUCUGGAGCUGCGCGGCACUGAAUUUCAGCACCGACUCGGGCGCCAUCAGGGAAGCCGGUGGGAGCUUCGCGAAAAGAGAGAAGGCUGAAGAGGAACGAUACUUCCGAGAGCGGACUAAAGAACAACUGGCAGCCCUAAAGAAACACCAUGAAGAAGAGAUCAAUCAUCACAAAAGGGAGAUUGAGCGUCUGCAGAAAGAAAUUGAGCGGCACAAGCAGAACAUCAAGAAACUGAAAGAUCAUGGUGAUGAUUAAGUGCACACAGUUCCCCAUAGAAUGGCUACAUACUGUCCACUUCUAUGAAGACAUAGUUCUGGUAACUAAUAUCUGUGCUGCCAGCAGAUUAUAAUAAAUUGUGAUCAGUGAA